UCUGUUAUAUAUGCGGUACGGUCGUCAGCGAGCCACAGACGGUAUCCUAGCAGCGAUGAAGCAGUUCACUAUAGCCAUUGUGUUCAUCGGGAUGCUGGCCCUGUGUGCGGCCCUCCCUGUCCCAGAUCCAGAGACCCUCCCAGUGCCCCUCCCUGCCGCCUUGCCAGAGCCCCAUAUCAAUUUCGGCUUCGGCGGAGGUAGAGGAAGAGGAGGGGGAAGGGGAAGGGACAGGGGAAGGUUCCAAGGAAGAUUUAGAGGUCGAGGAGGAGGAAGGUUCGGAGGAAACAGGUUUGGUCACCAUGAUGACCACCAUAAUGACCACUUCGAUGGCGGCCACGGCUUCGGCGGCGGUCAUGGCUUCGGCGGUGGCCACGGCUUCGGCGGACACGGAUCUCCUCACGCCCACAUUUCUCUUGGACAUGGCGGCCUGGGCUUCCUCAUCCACCGCCACUAACACUCCCUGACUCCCAGAUUGUGACUCUAUAACCCACAAAAUUUUGUCUAUACGUCUGUUUCUAAUAAAUGAGAUAAUGUCUUGAA